GUUAAAAAGUGGGCUGAUUUGCACUCUAAAGCGGACUUUGUACUUCCUCCUCCUUGUGCUGACUGUAGUGUCAGACAGCUGAAGUCCUGAUAUGUGGAUCAGGUCGCUGGCGGCGAGUGCCUGCGCUCUCGGUGUGCUCGGAGCUGUUGCGCGUGAAUUCGUUCCUACAGCGUUGUUUCACUCCGCUCUUAGGAAAUCAUCUCUGGUGGAACAGACAGACAUGAAGGUAGAACUGCUGCCCGCGCUCACCGACAACUACAUGUACCUCCUCAUCGAUGUAGACACGAAGGAAGCAGCUAUAGUCGAUCCAGUAGAGCCUCAGAAAGUUGUAGAUGCAGUCAAAAAGCAUGGCGUGAAGCUCAAAACUGUCCUGACAACCCACCAUCACUGGGAUCAUGCAGGAGGUAAUGAGAAGCUGGUGAAGCUCAUGCCAGGACUGACAGUGUAUGGCGGAGAUGACAGAGUGGGAGCUUUAACUCAGAAAGUCACACACUACAACACUUUCAAAGUGGGCUCUCUGAAUGUAAAGUGUUUGUUCACGCCGUGUCACACCAGUGGUCACAUUUGCUAUUUUGUAACAAAAGAAAACAGCACUGAACCACCAGCUGUGUUUACAGGCGAUACUCUGUUCGUGGCCGGCUGUGGAAAGUUUUUUGAGGGUACUGCUGAUGAGAUGUAUAAAGCCCUGAUUGACAUUUUAGGCCGUCUUCCUCCAGAGACGCGUGUAUACUGCGGUCACGAGUACACCAUCAAUAAUCUGAAGUUUGCACGGCAUGUUGAGCCAAAUAACAAGGCCAUCCAGAAUAAGUUAGCAUGGGCUAAGGAAAAAUACGAUAACGGAGAGCCAACCAUUCCCUCUACAGUGGCUGACGAGUUCACAUUUAACCCCUUCAUGAGAGUAAGAGAGAAGUCAGUACAAGAGCAUGCUGGGACCAGUGACCCGAUUGAAGCCAUGAGAAACAUCCGUAAGGAGAAGGACGGCUUUAGAGUCCCAAAGAAUUGAGCUUUCUUUGCUUGUCUUUGAGAUGGUCAUCACCACUACGCUUGUAUAUCUGCUCCUCACUUGACUAACAAUAGCAGGACAUGCAGAAACUCCAUUUAUAGCAAAAGCACAAUUAUUGAGCUGGUUAUUUCCAUGUUUUUUUCUUUAAGGCAGCGUAUCAUCUUCAGUGAGCAAUACACAGGAUUGUUAACCUGCAAAACAAUGCAUUUAAAACACUGCUGCAAGUAAUAGAUGAAACAAAAACAAAUUAUUUACAAUGUUUUCACAAAUACAUUUAUACCACUGAUUCACAUUUAUUGAAAAUUCGAAUAUUGUACUAGGUCUGUUUUGUAGGGAAAAAAGGUAUUUUACGUAAGGUUACGUAGGUAAUGUAGAAGGUAGCUUUUGGGAAUGAACCAGGCCAUGAACCAAUGUUAUGUGGUUGAAUUAUAGUUUUAUUUCAAAAUGUGCAAUGUUUUAUUUUGUAAAUCAAAAAUAAUUAUUUUUAAGAUGUUAUGAACAAAGCGAGGUGUUCCAGCAAAAUUAUAUUUGGUGUAUUUGAUGAAAUUGUGUUUAUUUUGAUGUCUCUGAAUGAUUUUGAAUGUAGAAAAUAUUGAACGCUGCAUACUGGUUUCAGCUUUUCACCUUGUUUUAGCUCAUCCAGUUAUUGUUUCAGCCGAACUUGCACUUUUUGUCAUCAAAAAUAACAGAUAAUAUUAAUUAUAAUUAUAGUGUUCAAACUGAAUAAAGUCUUAAUGUGAUUAUA